AUGACAAGGAUGCUGGCGCCCUCACCCUCGCUGUCACCAGCACCAGCACCGUCCUCGUCACCCAGCACUGCUGGCAUCGCGGGGUUUACAGCACACGCGGACGAUAACACGAUACGGCAGUCCGUUUCGCAAUUCGAUUCUCAGUCGCAGCUACAGCUCCCGCAGCAGCAGGAACGGACCCGUGGGUCGUUUCUGCUACAGCCCAACACGCUCGUGUCUUCCUCUGUAGCGUCGUCCGCCGCAACCUCGGCUGUAGUCGUCACCAUUGGCACCAAUGUGCCGUCAGCUGGAGUGAAUUACGGGCUACAGUCGCAACAGCCGCCGCCGCUGCCGUCGCGGGCCAGCCUGGCGGCGGCGCUGGCGCACACAGGCGACGGCUCGCUCAGCGCCGCAUCCUGGCUACAGCCACCACCGCCGGUGACGCCGCCGCCACCGUCGCGAAACAGCGUCAGGUACAGCUCCGCCGGCGGCGGCGCUACUGGCGGCACCGCCGCCGUCGCCGCCGCUGCCGGCGGUGGUGGCGAUGACUUGUACUCCUUUGAAGCCACAGAGGGCAUCGCGGGGUUUACAGCACACGCGGACGAUAACACGAUACGGCAGUCCGUUUCGCAAUUCGAUUCUCAGUCGCAGCUACAGCUCCCGCAGCAGCAGGAACGGACCCGUGGGUCGUUUCUGCUACAGCCCAACACGCUCGUGUCUUCCUCUGUAGCGUCGUCCGCCGCAACCUCGGCUGUAGUCGUCACCAUUGGCACCAAUGUGCCGUCAGCUGGAGUGAAUUACGGGCUACAGUCGCAACAGCCGCCGCCGCUGCCGUCGCGGGCCAGCCUGGCGGCGGCGCUGGCGCACACAGGCGACGGCUCGCUCAGCGCCGCAUCCUGGCUACAGCCACCACCGCCGGUGACGCCGCCGCCACCGUCGCGAAACAGCGUCCCGCAGCAGCAGCGGGCGGAGCAGCAGCAGAUGUUGACUCAACAGCUAUCCGAGUCGUACGGAUCUGAAUCUACCGUAUCCACGUUGCAAAACAUGUACGGCGGAUCUACAGGGCUGAGGCCGCAGCUGCAAGCCGGGACGUGGGGUCAGGAAAGGUCGAUGCCGACGCCGACGCCGCCGCCGACGACGACGCAGCAGCAGAGGCAGGCGGAGGGUGGUGGCGGCAGCCGCCUCAAUGACGUGCGUGGCGUGCUGCGUGAUGGAAAGGAUGGUAUCGGAGCGGGAUGCCGUGAUGUCCGGGAAGCCGAGCCAGAGAGGGUGUCUCUGUCUCCUGGGCUUCGACUCCGCCUCCGCCAGGAUCUGGGCGCGGAGACCGCAGCGGCAGCGGAGGCGCGAGGCGGCGGAGGCGAAGGCUCGGAGAAGGGCAUUACCCUUGGCGGCGGCGACAGAGGCGACGGAGAUGAUGAAGACGACGGAGGCAGUGGCGGCGCCGAAGAGGAAGUGGAGCCGAGUGCUGAAGCUCCCGCCGCCGCCGCCGCCGCCGCCGCCACUGCCUCAGCCGCCGCCACGGCUCCCACAACACCCGCCAGUGCGUUCCGCAGCGGCAACCAGUCGGGCAAGUCGUUGGGCGGCGCUGGCAAAGGUAACAAGUUCCGGGAGAAGUACGGCACCAAGGCGGCAGCCAUGGGGCUUUGUACGGCACCUGAUCGCAGCAGCCGCCCCGCGCAGACGGCACCAGCGACCCUUAGGGCGCAGAUGCGCGCGGCGGCAGUGCUGGCGGCAGCGGCGGCGGCAACUCCGGCGCUCGCGUGUUGUCAACCGUCAUCGCGGGAAGCGCGGGUCGCAUCAGCGGCGACGGCGUUGCGUCGCCGGGAUUUCGGUAGUUACGGCAGCGGCGGCGGCGGCGGCGGCUGCUUGGCCAGCGGCGGCAGCUUGAGCGAGGGGCUUUUCGCCAGCGGCAUGAUCGUCCUUGGCGGCAGUGGCGACUCGGCGGAGAUGUCCAAGCUGCCGCCAGUGUCGGAAAUCCCUAUGCCGUACUCGAUGUUGGGAACGUACGGCUCCGGCGUUGGCAGUAUGCGAGGCCGGCUGGUAUGCCCUGUCGUGGAGGAAGACGGAAAGGGAGAGGGAGAGGAGGCAGGCGACGUGCCGCCACCACCGCCGCCGCCGCUGGCGUCUCAGCAGCAGCGGCAUCAGACGACACCGCAACAGACGCGAUCCGGCAGCGGCGGCGGCGGCGGCGGAGCCGCCGCCAAUGUCACGGUUCCCCAAUUUGGGUCGCCUCCCUUCAGCAUGUGGUCGGGUGCGGCCGUCUCCACCCUCUCCGCCUCCUCACAAACCUCGCCGCCAGCGCCGCCGACAACUCCCGUACAGCUAUCACCGCCGACAGACGCUGCGGCGGAAGGCGUUACAGCGAGCGGCGAUGUACGGGACGGAUGCGGCGUCAAUCGGGUGCCGCAGCGGCCCUCAGACAUCGCGGAGCCGCCGCCGCCGCCAUCGGGCCGGGCGCCGGUAGGUGCGGCGGUAAUGGCGGCGGCAGCCAGACCAACGAACCAGCUGCCGUACACACCGGUACGACGCAGGUUGAAGCUCCACCCCGUGGGCUUGUCGAAGGCCUUGCGCACCCAGCAAACGGUCGCCGCCGGCACCGGCAUCGAGGGUGGCGCCGAAACCUUGGAAGUAAACAGCGGCGCUCCCGUCGGCCGUACGGCAGAUAGGCGCAUGGGACGAGCUGCUGCUGCUGCGGCUGCUGGCGCGGAGGCUGCGUUACCCAGACCCGAGUUCACGUUCGGCGAACCUAGGUCCUUGUGUUCCCGGAGGCGCUCGUCCAUGGCCGUUGUGGUUGCUGCCGGGGCUGGGUCAGACACCAGCAACGCAACAGCAACGGCGCCACCAGCCGUACAUGUGCAGUACGAUAACUUCCCCGGCUUUGUGACGGCGGGGCGGUUGAAGACGAGAUGCAUGUUUUUGCGGAAUGCCCGGUGUACAAUAGCACACGGGCAAAGUACGAUCGUGACCUCGCGUUUCAAGCGCAUGAUUAUGACCGAGGCCCCACCCCUGGUGCACUAG